CUGAGUAUAUUUUAUAUAGAAUACUUGUAGAAUAAAUGCUCAGUAUUUGCACAGACUUCUGAUACAACACAUAUAUUUGCAAGCAGGGUGAAUAAAUAAAAUUAACAUGAAACUUUUAUUGUUUACUGUUUUCGUUGCUAUGUCGGUGAUAGUCGAAGCUAAACCAGCACCUUGUUGGAACGGUUGGGGAUGCGGCAGUAAAACAAAUAAUAUUGGAAACGGACAAUUCAACACGAACAGAAUAUUCAUGGGUGGUUCUGGCGGCGGUGGUGGUGGUGGUGGUGGUGGUGGUGGUGGUGGUGGUGGUGGUUACGGGAGCUACGGUGGCUACGGUAGCUACGGUGGCUACGGUGGCUACGGUGGCAAUUUCGGCGGUUCUGGUGGUUGGGGGAGUAUCACGAAUAAUAUUGGAAACGGACGAGGAAACUAUAACGAAGUGCGUAUGGGGCGAGGCGGUUGUCCUACCUGCGGUGGUCGUAGAGAAAAUAAUAUUGGAAAUGGAUUUAGUAACUACAACGUAGUUUAUGGACUGUUAGCUAAAUAAAAAUACAAUGAUAUCUAUAACGCUAACGACAAUUGUUAUUAGGUUAUUUGUUAAGUAUACGAAUUUUUAAGUGUAAGACAAAAAUGUGUGUUGUGAUAAAUUAAUGAAAAUUCAAGUGAAUUAGAUAUAUAAAAUUUUAUUUGUAAUAAUAAGUUUUAAUAUUCUACUAAUAAUAAAGCUAUUUAAAUUAACUACCUAAAUACUACCCACAUUGUAUAAUCAAUAAAAAGUAAAAAUUUUUUAUAUUCAACAAAUAUACUAUGUACUAAAUUUUAUAAAAAUCUAAUUGAUAUUAGGUAGUUAAAUUAAUAAUUAUUAUUUCAAUCAGCCGAUAGACGUUCACAAUUGGACUGAAGAUACAUAAAGGAAAUGUUAUUUCCUACAGUAUUCCUUAAUAUUUUAUAUAUUAUAUCAAAUAUUACAGGAGAUUAGUAUUAUUUUUUAUUGUUAAUUAAUAAAAUAAUUUAAAUUCAAAA